AUGGCCGCUCCAAAGAAUCGCCUGCACCGCAGAAGACUGUUCCUUUUCUGCCUUUUCCUGGCGAGGCUGUGGGAGACGGGGGCGAGCCAGAUCCGCUACUCGGUACCUGAAGAGACAGAAAAAGGCUACAUCGUGGGGAAUAUCUCCAAGGACCUGGGGCUGGAGCUCCGCGAGCUGGCAGAGCGGGGAGUCCGCAUCGUCUCCAGAGGUAGGACGCAGCUGUUUGCUCUAAAUCCACGAAGCGGCAGCUUGGUCACCGCGGGCAGGAUAGACCGGGAGCAGCUCUGCGCCCAGAGCGCGCGGUGUCUGGUGAACUUUAAAGUCCUGGUUGAAGACAGGGUGCAACUUCACGGAAUAGAAAUAGAAGUCACUGAUAUCAACGAUAAUAACCCGAAAUUCCAGGUCGAAAAUCUGGAAGUAAAAAUUAACGAAAUCGCUCUGCCCGGAACACGUUAUCCACUGCCAGAGGCUGUGGACCCGGAUGUGGGCUUGAAUUCCCUGCAGAGCUACCAGCUCAGCCCCAAUAACCACUUCUCCCUGGACGUGCAAACUGGAGACGACGGAACUGUAAGCCCAGAGCUGGUGCUGGAGCGCGCCCUGGACCGCGAGGAGGAGGCUGCUCACUACCUGGUCCUCAUCGCCACGGACGGAGGCGAACCGCGUCGCUCCAGCACAGUGCACAUCCGAGUGACAGUGUUGGAUACAAACGACAAUGCCCCGGUUUUUGCUCAACCGAUUUACCGAGUGAAAGUCCCAGAGAACGUGCCCCCGGGGACCCGGCUGCUUACUGUAAGCGCUAGCGACCCGGAUGAAGGAACCAACGGGGAAGUGGCUUAUAAAUUCUGGAAAAUUAGUGAAAAACAAUCUCCGUUAUUCCAGCUGAAUGAAAAUACUGGCGAAAUAUCAACGGCGAAGUGUUUAGAUUAUGAAGAAUGUGCGUUUUAUGACAUGGAAAUACAGGCAGAAGAUGGUGGGGCAUUGAAGGAUCGGACUAAAGUACUCAUUUCAGUAGAAGAUGUCAAUGAUAAUAGGCCUGAAGUGACCAUUACAUCGUUAUUUAGUCCAGUGAGGGAAGAUGCUCCUCAAGGAACAAUAAUCGUUCUUUUCAAUGCUCAUGACCGAGACUCUGGUAAGAAUGGACAAGUUGUCUGUUCCAUCGAGGAGAUUCUACCUUUUCAGUUAGAAAAGUCAGUAGAAGACUAUUAUAGAUUGCUGACAGUCCAAAAUCUUGACCGAGAAAAAACCUCUGAAUAUAAUAUCACAGUGACUGCAACAGAUAGAGGAACACCGCCUCAGUCCACGGAAAUUCACAUCAUCCUGCACGUGGUUGACGUCAACGACAAUCCACCCUCCUUCUCUCAAACCUCCUACUCUGUCUACCUCCCAGAGAACAAUCUUAGAGGCACCUCCAUCUUCUCUGUGACAGCCCAUGACCCAGACAGCAAUGAGAAUGCUCGAGUUAUUUACUCCCUAGAGGAAGACACCAUCCAAGGGGAGCCUCUGUCCUCCUAUGUUUCUAUCAACUCGGACACUGGUGUGCUAUUCGCACUGCGCUCCUUUGACUAUGAGCAGUUUCGAGAUCUUCAAAUGCAGGUGAGGGCAAGCGACAGUGGGGACCCACCACUCAGCAGCAACGUAUCACUGAGCAUAUUUGUGCUGGACCAGAACGACAACGUGCCAGAAAUCCUGUAUCCUGCCCUCCCCACUGAUGGCUCCACGGGGGUGGAACUCGCACCCCGCUCUGCAGAGCCAGGAUACCUGGUCACCAAGGUGGUGGCAGUGGACAGAGACUCGGGACAGAACGCCUGGCUGUCCUACCGCCUGCUCAAGGCCAGCGAGCCAGGACUCUUCUCUGUGGGGCUGCACACCGGGGAGGUGCGCACGGCGCGGGCCCUGCUGGACAGAGACGCGAUCAAGCAGAGCCUGGUGGUGGCAGUCCAGGACCACGGCCAGCCCCCUCUCUCUGCCACCGUCACGUUCACGGUGGCUGUGGCUGACAGCAUCCCCGACGUCCUGGCUGAUCUAGGCAACCUUGACUCUCCUGCCAACCCCGAGGACUCCGGCCUCACACUCUACCUGGUGGUGGCGGUGGCCGCGGUCUCCUGCGUCUUCCUUGCCUUUGUCAUUGUGCUACUGGCGCUUAGGCUGAGGCACUGGCACAUGUCGCGUCUGCUCCAGGCUUCCGGCAGCGGGUUGGCUGGCGUGCCGGCGUCUCAGUUUGUGGGCGUGGACGGGGUGCGGGCUUUCCUGCAGACCUAUUCGCACGAGGUCUCGCUCACUGCGGACUCAAGGAGGAGUCACGUGAUAUUCCCGCAGCCAAACUAUGCGGACACGCUCAUCAGUCAGGAAAGCUGUGAGAAAAGCGAGCCUUUGUGCGUUUCAGAUGAUUCCAGGUUUCCUAUAGAAGACACCCCUUUCGUUCCAGUGAGUUCGACUUUUUCUUUACUUUAA